UUUCAGAAGUAAAAUGCCGCCGCUCACCCAUCAAAGUUUAAAAUGUGUCAUUAAGCAUUUGGAAGCUAAUGCGAGAAUUCAGCUCUCCCAAAGAUGCCCCUCACUCCACAAGACCGAAAAAUUGAUUCCCCUCACAAUCUAUAACUUGGAACUUGAUCAGUGUAGUGUGAAAAUCAACAACACAGACUAUUCCCUGACACUUACCAGCAAUAACUUCUCGAGUCCCUUCGAUUUAGAUCAAUUUGGAGCUAUUGAUCUCGACGAAGUGGAUGUGGAUGGAAAUGAUGUUCUAGUUGAUAAUCGGAGUUUUAAGGAAGAGAAGAAUCGACUUCUCAGGAUGAGAAUCGAGAUACGGAAAAUGCCAGAUGGAGUCGAAAAACAAGAGGCUACGGCUGCAGUGGUGGCUUUGGAGCAACUAGAAGACAACCGAUGGUUACGUCGUGAGCCAACUUCAAGCUCGAUGAUGAAUUUGUCAAUCAACAGUCAAUUCAUCAUAUUCCGCGGGGAAAAGCUCUGCUACAAUAUGAAGCUUCACCAAGCGUUUAGGUACUUGGUAGCCAAGCUGUUCAGUGGAAGACGGUGCCCAAUUCAAGUGAAAAAGCUGUCAGUUGAGUGUAAAGGGAUUCUACGGGUUCCUGCAGACCUCCGCUUUAAAGUGAGCCAUCUGGAAAUCCUGGGCUCUGGAGUGGAUAAGAUAGUUGAAGCUUUCAAGCCGCUCAUAGGAAGGAUCCAAACAAUCACUGUCAACGACGACUUUAACAUCAGUCAUCCUAUAUUCCAAACCGCCCUAAUCCUCAAGAACCCAAAUGAAAACUUGUUUGGCGCAGCUUCUGCAAGCAAUGUUAGAGUGGAAAAUAACGAGCAGUUCUCAAGUCUUUCCGAAAGAGUCGUAGAUCUUAUCAGAAUCUGGCAAUCUCAUGGCCACAAAAUCGGAACAAUCUGGAACUUUUCGAUGCGGUCGCAAGAACAAGCUCUGGAUAGUAUAAUGUACCUCCGAAGACAGCUUGGCGCCAGCUUUAGUGGACAUAAAAACCUCUCACAGUAUGGUCGUAGUGCUGCAAUUUCGUUGAACAAUUCGGAUGAGAUUUACGUUUCGUUCAAACAGCAACAGAUUAAGGUUUGGAAUUUGAAAGUGGUUGUUCGGAGGAAGCGGCUUUAAUAAUUUUUCUCUGAUAGUUUUCAAUUUAAUAAAUUUGUUUUUUUU